GCAACAUUUGUUCCUUUUAAUAAAUUAACAGCAACAUGUUGCCAAGGAUAACAUUUCUGUUGAUUCUCAUUUGUGGAUAUUUAUUAUUUACAGAUUGCCGCGAAACGGUACGCUCAAAACGGGCUAAACGCCCUCGGGCCCCCGAACCGGUAAACUUUGAGCCAGAGCCGCAACAAGAUUUGGAAAACGAUGAGAGUGGCAGUCAAGAGAAGGAUCUACCAGAGAUACCAGAUAACUUUUUAAGUCCAUCGGUGCGGGAAUACCUUGAAUUGGGUAAAUCCAUACCGGGUCGCCCAGGCGUUGACUAUCCCAUACUAUCGGCUGUUCCCUAUACAAAUUUCUAUUGCGAUGAACAGGAAUAUCCCGGAUUCUUUGCAGACAUGGAGACCAGGUGUCAAGGUUGGCACUAUUGCGACAUUGAUGGAAGGCAGGCAUCAUUCCUUUGUCCCAAUGGCACUCAAUUCUCGCAGGCUGUCUUUGUCUGCGAUUGGUGGUUCAAUGUUCGAUGUGAUCUCUCACCCAGGCUGUAUGCGAUCAAUGCGCGUUUAUAUCAACGCCCUAAAGUGAAUCCAACACGACCUCAUCGUAUUAUAACCAAGGAAUUGGUCGAUGAUAUUUUCAAUUAGGGCACACAAAUAAUCAGAAACUGGCUUUGAGCGUUCAUUUUUGAGACAGCCUAUUAGUUUACUUAGUUUAAGAUUAGAGUUAGUGAAAAUAAAAUUAAAAUUCUAUCCACUUUUACGUUUUAAUUACAACAACACGAUGCUAUCCGAAAAAUGUGUGCAAGCAAAUAUAACGUGCUUUUUGUAAUUUGAUAAAUUAGUUUAUACAUUUAAAUACUUAUAAUGUACGCCAAUGUUAAUCUUAUCUGAUAAAUUCAAAAAUUCAUCUCGUUAUGAGCCAAAAGCCAUUUUCGAAAUUUCUAUUGAAUUGACACGUACAUAUCAAAUAUAAUUUGUAAAAUAUGCAUUUAUUUUAAGUUCUUCUCAUUAAUGCAAAUUCUUUGCACCUUUGCUGACAUUUGUAAGUUU